ACAUAAGAGCCUGGGCUUGAAUUUUGGCUCUGUCAUUUGUUACGGUUGUGUGAAACCUCAGGUAAGUUGCUUGAUCAUUUUGAGCCUCAGUUUUCUCACCUGUGAAAUGGAAAUAGUUACCACCAUCAUAGACAUGCUGAAGAUCAUUGUGAGACUAUAGUCAGGAGGGCUGUGCCUGGCCCUUUGUAAGGGCUCAAAAACAGCUGUUAACUUUUUGGUGAUAGUUGGCCUCUGGAGCCUGUUUUCCUUUCUACUAAUAAACUGCCCAGUUUUAAUUUCCCUGUUUUACCCUGGAUAGUAAUGUUGGGGGUGAGGCUGGAAGAAAGGGAAGCCUGCCAUGGGCUUUGUCUCCUCUGCUCCUCCUGCCACUUCCCUUCCCUGUCCUGGCCUAGCCCUCCUGUUUGAUCAGGAGCAAGGCUGUCCAACCUCCCACAAGCAGAGAAGGAUCCUCGGCUGUGCUCUGGCUGUGCAUUCAGCCCUCUUGGAACAGGCGUUUUCAGCCAGUGUUUCCUAGCAGGCUCUGGAUAUCUUCUCCCUCCCCACCUUGUAGGUCCCACUCUCAUUUCAAAAGCCCUCCCAGGACUUCACGAUGAAACACUUCCACCCUGGGCAAAUCAGUUUCAUUGAAUUCUCCAGUUCACUGUCUCCAGCGCUGAAGAGAGACAUUUUAAUUAAUUACAGUCCCCGUGGGCUCAGGGAUCAAUAGCAGUAAAGAGCCGUGGGAUGAAUUCCUAGCCUCUGCUCUGUUUCCAGCUCUCUCGUUGACCUUGCACCAGUUGUUCCAGCCCCCUGGGUCUCGGUUUACACCCUUCUAAAAUGGGAGUGCUUUUUUUCCUGGAGCACUGGGCACCUCCAAAAAGGUGUGGUGAACGGAGGCUUGUAAACUGUAGAGUGCAGGCCACAAAUAAAUGAUUACUGAGAUUGUAUUUAUAGUUGUAUCAAGGAUGAUUCUCUUCUGAGCCAUUUCUAGAACUUUUUGGCUUUUGCUUCUUGAUACCUUAAGCCCAAUUGGCAGUUUUCUGAGCCUGAGAGAAGCAAGCAGCCCAGGCAGAAUAAGGCAGGCAGGUGUGUAGAGAGGGUCCUGCUCUCCCAGCCCUGAGUUUCUCCUACAGGGAAGAGCGAUCCUAUAGUGGGACCUGGGAUAAGAAAGCCAAAGUCUGGGAUUUUCCUGAGAGUCCUGGUCCCUGACCAUUCUGACGGUCACUGGCACCGAGCCUUCACAGUCACUAGCAAGAGCCUCUUCUUCCUGCACUGUAUUCUACACACAGCAGCCAGGGUGAUCUUUCUGAUGACGUUCAUCUGGUCCUGUCCCUAAGCCUGCUCUGAGCGCUCCCACGGCUUCCCACAGUCUUCAGGAUAAAAUCCCCAGUUCUUGGUGUGGCGGCCCAGGCCCUGCAUCACCUGGCCCUGUCAGCUUCUCCAGUCACCGUCUCCUGCUCUCCCUCCCCCGACUCCCUGGGAUCCAGCAUAGCCCACCCAGUUCCCAGACACACGUCCCCACCUAGCCCCCAGGCCUUGGACAUGCUGCUGAUUGGAAAUUCCCAUUGCAGGUUCUCCACGUGUUUCAGGUCUUUGCUGAGAUGUCGCUUCUCCCAGCAGACUUCCCUGACCUCCCUGUUUUCCUCAGUCUGGGGCUCACACAAUCAACCAAAGAAGAGCUUUUUCUUUGGAGACAGGCAGAAACUGAAGGACUGGCACGACAAAGAAGCCAUCAAGAGGGAUGCUCAGCGUGUAGGAGACGGAGAACAAGGGAAGCCCUUCCCAUUGACCUAUGCUGAGCGAGUGGACCAGGCGUACCGAGAAAAUGGAUUUAACAUUUACGUCAGUGAUAAAAUCUCCCUGAAUCGCUCUCUCCCUGACAUUCGGCACCCAAACUGCAAAAGCAAACGCUACCUGGAGACGCUGCCCAACACCAGCAUCAUCAUCCCCUUCCACAAUGAGGGCUGGUCUUCCCUCCUGCGCACCGUCCACAGCGUGCUGAACCGCUCACCCCCAGAGCUGAUCGCCGAGAUUGUGCUCGUGGACGACUUCAGUGACCGAGAACACCUGAAGAAACCACUUGAAGACUACAUGGCCCUUUUCCCCAGCGUGAGGAUUCUCCGAACCAAGAAACGGGAAGGACUGAUCAGGACCCGAAUGCUGGGAGCCUCAGCUGCAACUGGGGAUGUCAUCACAUUCUUGGACUCACACUGUGAAGCCAAUGUCAACUGGCUACCCCCCUUGCUCGACCGCAUCGCUCGGAACCGCAAGACCAUCGUGUGCCCAAUGAUCGAUGUGAUUGACCACGAUGACUUCCGGUACGAGACGCAGGCGGGGGAUGCCAUGCGGGGCGCCUUUGACUGGGAGAUGUACUAUAAGCGGAUCCCCAUCCCUCCAGAACUGCAGAAAGCUGACCCCAGUGACCCAUUUGAGUCUCCCGUGAUGGCCGGUGGACUGUUCGCCGUGGAUCGGAAGUGGUUCUGGGAGCUGGGCGGGUAUGACCCAGGCUUGGAGAUCUGGGGAGGGGAGCAGUACGAGAUCUCAUUCAAGGUAUGGAUGUGUGGAGGUCGCAUGGAGGACAUUCCCUGCUCCAGGGUGGGCCAUAUCUACAGGAAGUACGUGCCCUACAAGGUGCCUGCUGGAGUCAGCCUGGCCCGGAACCUGAAGCGAGUGGCAGAGGUGUGGAUGGACGAGUACGCGGAGCACAUCUACCAGCGCCGCCCGGAGUACCGCCACCUCUCCGCUGGGGACGUGACUGCCCAGAAAAAGCUCCGUAGCUCCCUGAACUGCAAGAGUUUCAAGUGGUUUAUGACCAAGAUCGCCUGGGAUCUGCCCCAAUUCUACCCACCCGUGGAGCCCCCGGCCGCAGCCUGGGGUGAGAUCCGCAAUGUGGGCACAGGGCUGUGCGCAGACACGAAGCACGGGGCCCUGGGCUCCCCACUGAGGCUGGAGAGCUGCAUCCGGGGCCGCGGGGAGGCUGCCUGGAACAACAUGCAGGUGUUCACCUUCACCUGGAGAGAAGACAUCCGGCCCGGAGACCCCCAGCACACCAAGAAGUUCUGCUUUGAUGCCGUGUCCCACACCAGCCCCGUCACCCUCUACGACUGCCACAGCAUGAAGGGCAACCAGCUGUGGAAGUACCGCAAAGACCAGACCCUGUACCACCCCGUCAGCGGCAGUUGCAUGGACUGCAGUGAAAGUGACCACAGGAUCUUCAUGAACACCUGCAACCCCUCUUCUCCCACCCAGAAGUGGCUGUUUGAACACACCAACUCCACAGUCUUGGAAAAAUUCAAUAGCAACUGAGCCCUCACGUUCCCACAGUGAGCCUGGCGGAGUCCCCUCCAGCACUCCCUGCAGCCUCCCUCUCCAGAGGAAGGCAGGGCUCCAGGGCUCCCCCAUUCUGUACAAGGUGCUGGCCAGCCAGGUCAAGGCAGAGGGGGCUCUUGAAGCUGACCUGGGUGUCCACCCAGCCCUGCAGGCCCCAAAUGGUGGCGGCAUGGAGAACAGACCCUACAAGAGGCCCCACUCCAGAGCAGAGCCUGCUGCACCCCUGGCAGCGGCGUGGAAACCCAGGAGAGCCUUUUCACCCCAUCACCACGUUCCCUUGAGCAGUAUGUGGGAGGAAUGCCAGGGUAGCCCUCGGCUACCCAAAACAGAGUCCUCCAAGCCUGCCUGACCUUCAGCUGGCUCAUCCAUGAUGGUCCUUUAGCGAGAGAGAGAGGCAAGUUGUGUCUGUAGGCGCCAACUUUAAGCAACAGUGCCACUCAUCAGCAACAGAAGGGCAAGAGUCUUUCUCGGGGCCAUUGGUUUCAGCCUUUUCAUUUUGGCCCCAGCUUGGGAUAACUGCAGUUACUCCCCGGCAUCUGUUCUCUGUCAUGACCCAAGGAGAUGCAGUUAGAAGCCGUGCCUGGGGCCCUCCGAGGGUUCAGUACUGACCACCGGCCAACUGUCAGGCCUGGGGCAGAAGCGUGGUCCUCCUUUGCCACCGUGGACAGCCCAGGUGUCUCCCCUGGCUCUCGGGGUGCUCAGGAUGCCCAUAUCAGUGCUCUCCAGGCUCAAGGACAGUCCGGCCACCAGCUCUUCAGGACUGGGUUUCAGAUGGCCUUGAGUCUGUGGCGCAGGCAUAGUAGAAAACCUCCAAACUAGAAAUUCUGCUUGAAUUUCCCCCAUCAGCGCUUCCGUCUCCCUCUCUCCCUUCUUCUCCCUCCUUCGGGCAGCUGCUUGUCUCAACAGAAGAGCAGAGGUGUGAUGUGCUGGCCUCACAUAGUCCGGAGGCUGCCGAGGUGGACCGCGGGCAGGUUGCCUAGCCCCGACUCAUUGUGGUUCUGGUUCUCAUAUGGAAUUCUAGAAUUUUUAAAGAACUCUGUACUUGGGUCACAAACUAGAGUACCACAUAGGAUUCUGGUAUUCUAGCAUCCAAUAUGGAUUUCUGGAAUGCUGUGAUUGAAGGAGCCAGUCAACUGUAAAACCUUCAAGGCAGCCCCUAGCCUAGAAACAAUCUGUGACGUCCAAGGUUGGUGUUGGGGGACGGGUGGGGGAACCCACGUCCACCCGCUCAUACCAGCGACUGGGUGUGACACAGUCCUCAGCCCAGGCCGGAAGCUGUGCCACCCCCACCACGGCCACGGCUGCAGUGAACACCCCAGCGUCCCACAAGCAGAGAUGCAGUCCGCUCCAUGAGGCCCUCUGUGUUUACCUUUUGCUUUGUUAAUUACGUGUCAGACUCCCAGAGGGCUCCCAAACUAAUAGGAAGUGUUUCUCUAACCAGCCUGCCACCCACUGAUUCAGAAAUGGAAAUCACAGUCUACAGCCCAUUGCUCCCGCCAGCUAGCCCAGGAAGUCUUUCAAAUCGGUGUUCCAAUUAGAGCCGAGCCUCUCGAUUGUGUUAUUUACCAGUGAAAUAACUGAGACAUAAAUCUGGGAGCAGAGCCACAGAUCUGCCUUUGAGAUGCUGGCUGAUCUCGUCAGUUACCUGGGGAGGGAAGUGAACUCUCCCAGCCACCACCACCCCGAUGAAGCGUGCAGCGGGCAAAGCGUCACCUCCACCUUCUGCCUCAGCACAGCUCCCACUCUGGCCACCUGUCUGCAGGAGAGGCAGCCCCAUGCUUACAGAGCUUGCUUGUCCAUCCCUGGUGUCUUUUCCCAGUGAGUGCUAUACCUUUUAGCAGUGGCCCUCUUUAGGAGGGAGUCAAAAGAUGCGGCCCCUUCCAGAAUCCAGGAAAGCAAGAGUGUUGUACUUUGGGAGAAUUGAGGUAGGAUUCAUCAUCAGAAAGUAAUGCAGCAUUACUAAAAUGAAAACUGUGCCUUUUAAAAAGAAAAACAUGCAAACGUACAGCCAAUCCCUAAACUUGAAUCAUUUCCUAGUGCCUUGCUAGAUGUAAAGGGGCAGGGUUGGGGGGGAGGGGGACGUUUUUGGUGAUGUGUGCAAUCCCUGUUGGAUGAGUGUGUUUCCUAAUGUCUGAUUUCAAGCAGGAGGCAUUGGGCCUAGAGCAGGAUCUGAAACAGCAAUGCCCACCAAGGGCCAGAGGGCCAGGUGUUAUUCCAUUCAAUGAGAGUAACACCCUGAAUUUAAAGGGCAACUGGAUGGCUCUUUUAAUCCAUGGCCAAGAAGGGUCUCAGCCACCCCUGGGAGAGGGGCCUGUUUGGAAGCCACGGCUGCAGCCCCCAUCCCACCCCCAGCGAUUAGCUUUGCAAUAGGUCCCACUCCAGUAGGUGACAGUGUUCUCGGCAAGACCGGGGCGCACGUGGAAAGCAGCAGCAGCGGCAAGCAGUCUUCAUGUGUCCACUUUUAUGUCCUUUGGUUCUCCUUUUGAGGCUGGUUUUGUAUCCUCAACAAAGGAUGGGCAGAUCCUCUGGGCACUCUGACAUUUGCAAUUGCUGAACCCACAUCUGUGGGUGCCGAGACUUGACAUAGCCUGUAAUCAGGGAAGGAGGGAGAGAAGUCCAUUAACAGACCAACCAAUCGCCCAUAGAAGCCAUUCAUUGUUUUGUCUUCAUUUGGGAAAGCUACAUGUCUCAAGGAUCCGUGAGACUGUGGAGGUGCUGUCAGCCAGGUGAUGGGUGAGAAUGUGGACCCCUUCUCCUCUAAAGCCUUUCUUCUGAGCAUAAGGUCACAAAACGGUGUGGCUACAAAGUAUCACACCUGCGUGGCCCCAGCAGCCUUUCCAAAGGAGAACUACAGGAACAUUUCAGAAUGCAAAGAGCAUCUUCCCAGUAGGUUCAAGGCCAUGGAGGAGAUGCUACGUGUGCGGGCAUGUGUGAGAAAAGCCAUUCCACCUUGUGCUUCCAGCUGGAGCUUUCAACUUUUAAAACCAUCCAGGAGCUAUCAUUUCCCCAUUUUUGGAAGAAAUAACUCAGAGUCAGAAGGGAGUACAUCCACAGAAGAGAUCUGACGGGGGAUGCAACCUCAGGACCUGGGGAGAAAGAAUGAUUCUUUUUGGAGAUGUAGAAUAUGGAUUCCCAAAGUCCACAUUAUAUUCACCACCUGUCGAAUUUCUCUUUCUCUUUAAGAAAUAGGUGAUGUCCUUGAAGAUGGCUCCAUAUUUUUGUGUAUGCAUCUCUAUAUUUGUAAUCUCUGAAGUUUCAAAGGAGCGGCAAAGCACUUUACAGAAGUAACUGAGAAAUCCGGACACCUUGCUUCAGAGAUCCCUUGUUUGCACAGAUCGGGUGAUCUCUGUCAUUCUUAGGAGGCAAUGCAACUUUGAUUAAGUUUUCUGACGAUUUCUAAGUAUGAGAGAAGGGCAAGGAGUGGGUCCUGUCCUGGAAUUCUUUUCUGCUUUCAACUGAUGCUUUUUUUGAAAAUUCAAGUAAUACUUUAGUUCUAACUGGAUCUUGUGCCAAAGCCCACUGUCACCUCUGGGGUGGGAGUUGCACCUACAUUCCAAGUGACAAGGUCCUCUUUUAACAUUUGCUCCCAAAAUGGCUUUGAUUCAGCUGUGCCGGCCCACAGGGCUGGGUUCCUGCUGUGUUUCAGACUUGAAGGAGAAUCCCAGAGGGAUUACAUGCAGGGAAUAUCUGAGAGGUCAGAUGCGGGAUUCCAUAGAGAAAGCUUGAGACCACCAGCCUCUCAUCUCCUGCCUGGAAAAGUGAGCCUUUGUGAAGACCUGACUUACCAUGUACAACUGUGAUUGUGACUGUUGUUGAGUAAACUUCCACACUUUUCUCUAA